AUGUCCAAGCCCAGCAAGUACCUCCUCUUGUCACUUCCGACCUCCAUCGUCCCCUCGCACCACCGCGACGACGCCCUCGACGCCGUCUCCGCCACCGUCUCCCCGGACAAUGGCUCCGCCGCCUCGUUCCCGAUCCCCGAGUUCAAGAUCGGCACGCUAGACGCCCUCGUGCAGCAGGCUGAUGAGCUGACCAAGCUGGAGAGUGGCUGCCAGGGCGUCGUGGCGAAGGUGGGAGACGCGCUGAAGAAUAUCCUCGGUGGAGAUGAGGACCAGAUCGAGAAGAUGAAGGUGGUGAACGACAAGCCCGUGGAUCAGUACCUGCGCACGUUCCAGUGGAACAAAGUCAAGUAUCGGGCGGAUAAGCCGCUGGCGGAGUUGAUUGAUCUCCUGCAGAAGGAGGCUGCCAGUAUCGACAACGAUAUUCGAUUCAAGUACUCCCAAUAUAAUCAGGUUAAGAACACUCUGGCCACGCUGCAGCGGAAACAGACGUGCGUUGAUAUUUCCACCUCUGCUAGAUAUCAUCUGCUAAUCUCUGGUAUGUACAGAGGAAACCUAUCGACCAAGUCCCUCGCCUCAGUAGUCGACCCCCGCUCUGUCAUCCAGGACUCCGAAUACCUCGAGACGCACCUCGUUGCCGUACCGACCCAACAAAUCAAGGAUUUCCUCAAGACCUACGAAACCGUGGCUCCGAUGGUCGUGCCACGGUCCGCUCAAUUGGUUGCCUCGGACAGCGAGUUUACUUUGUACUCCGUGACGACGUUCAAGAAACACAGCCCCGAGUUCGUGCACAAGGCUCGUGAGCACAAAUGGAUCCCGCGCGACUUUAAGUAUGUGGAGGGCGGGAAGGAGGAGGAACGCAAGGAGGUUGAGCGUGUGGGCGGCGAUGAGCGGAAGCUUUGGGGUGAGACGUUGCGUCUUGGACGGACCGCGUGGAGCGAGGCGGUCAUGGUCUGGAUGCAUGUGCUUGUGCUCCGGGUGUUUGUGGAGACGGUGCUGCGAUACGGGUUGCCAUUGGACUUUGUGUGUGCUUUGAUCAGGGCCCCCUCUUCCAAGCAGGCGGACCGUGCGAAACGCAACUUGGAAGACAAGUACUCGUACUUGGCUGGCAAUGCUUUUGGGCGAGACAAGAAGGGCCGUGUCAAGCGAGAUGAUCCCAGCGAGAUGCAUGCCGCGGGCGAGGGCGGCGGCGCAGACUACACGGCAUACGUGUUUUACGAGUUCGAGUUCAAUUAG